AUGAACAGAAAUAUGGAGUUAGACCCAAGGAGGGUAACCUCAGAACCAUCCUCUCCGAUCGGUGCAGAGGAGGAGAUGGAGGUUGCAUCUGAACUGAGCAGCCCAACUUUCCACAGUAGGGAUAGCGGGUUCUUUGAAAGAGGCAUUAAAACCAUGUUAAGCAUCCGGAAAUCCAUACGAAGCCCGAACAAAGAGAAAGGAAAGGAAGGUACUGGCACUUGGAAAGGGAUACGAUUGUCUCUGCGGUCCUCAAGGAGCUACGAGGAGAGCAAAACCACGAUCUGUAAUGGCUUGGAGGAGGUUCGCCAGAAGAUUGCAGCAGAGACCAUUCAAGGAAAACCUCUUUCAGUAAUGGAAAUCAAUGAGCUUAUUCAGAAAAGGCAACUUUUGGAAGCGUUUGCAAGUGUCAAGUACUUGGAAGACGAGACUAUAGCUGAACGAGACGCUGAGAAAUACAAAGACAACCCCCAGGAGCUUGUGAGGAAAUCCAAGGAUGUGGAUUUGCUUUAUAACUCCAUCAGCAACGCCAUCCAGUCCAUCGUGGUGGGAACGCUGGAGCAUCCCACGGUGGAGGAUGCCAUGCUGACCUCCCUGGUGACUUUAAUUGCCCGUGAAGAAGCGGCUCAUCCUUACACAGGCAAUGCUGGGCCUGGGUCGGACUUGCUUGGCAGACCCAGAAAGUGGAGGGAAGGGUGGAGGGAAGCUAUCAACGAGAGUGCUCAAAAGAGGGUCCAGAGGAUACCCAUGGCAUCGAAGGAGGAAGCGAGCUCUUGGCUCGAUCUCCACUUGGGUUUGCUCCAGAAACAGCUGAGCGAAGACUUACUGAAAAUCAAGUUGUCGGUAAAAAAGUGCUAUCCAGAGGAGUACCAAGUGUGUGACACAUACGCCGAGGCUGUUCACAAGGCCAUUGCCUCGCACUUGGAAGGUAUCUCCCAGAGACCACUGGAAUUUAAUGAGCUCUACACCCUGCUUGACUGGGUGGCCAACACCUACCGCAGUGAACACUUUCUGGGUCACCCUGAUCUCAAACCGGAAUUUAAGACAGAGAACCUGUCCCUGCUGUUAACGCCAGCCAAUUGGGAUAAACUGAAGAACGACUACAUGACUUCUGCAAAGGGGAAAAUCAAAAGCUAUUUUGGAAACAUCCUGAGACUGGAGGUCGCGGAGAAGUGGGAGAAGGAAGUUCAUCCAGAAGUGACGGAAAACCUCUACCACUCCUCGCUCUCCUUUGAUAUUCAAGCGAUCAUUGGGGAGCACGUGAAGGUCUCUGGAGCCAUCAGCAGAAGCUUGGGAAGGAAAAUGCUUGAGCUGUGCCUGGCAGAGCUGCAUGAAUUCAUACCAAGGUUCGGGGAGGAGUUUGUGGUGUGGAGCAGUGCCCGGGACAGCCCCGUCUUUGCGUCCUAUUUCGCUGCCUACAUCAACAGCUUCCAGGACCUGGUGUCAGGGUUAGAAACGGCGUUUGAAGUCGACACAGAGGAACUGAAGAAGAUUUUGGCAGCCCUGACAAGCAACUUCACGAACACUUUUUUAAACAAACUAAGAACAAAAGCACAGCCACUCCUCAAGAAAAUCCUGACCAAGGACUGGAUUUUGGCGACGGAAAAGCCGUCCAUGCUGGUAUCAGCAGUCUCACGGUUCUCCGAGCACCUGAAGCACAUGAGGAACCCCAUGGGGCUGGAUCUCCUACGUGACGUCCAUAAGUACGUGGUGAGGGAAUACAUCGCGCAGGUCAUCAAACCCAGGCGGAAAAUGAACGCGGAGACGCGGCAGCAAGUGAGUGAGAAGAUGAGCCAAGAAGCCAGGAUCCUUAAUAACACACUUAUCGAUCAGGGCUCUGACUCCGACUGGCUCCUCCCCGCCAUCCACCACAUCGCCAACAUCAUCGGGGAGAAGAGGAAGGACAAGAUCAAGGAGUACGUCAAGGAGCUGUGCCAGGACUAUCCCGACAUCAGGAAGGAGCACGUCCUGGCCAUCCUCGUGCUCCGGGGGCUGGGGCGCACCAGGAGAGCGGCGAUUGUUCGGCAAGGCUAUCAGGCGCUGGAGAGCCCCGAUGGUGGGGACAGCAGCACGCUCUUCGCCGACAUCGACGCCCCGGUGAACAUCAACUGCUUCUAA